CCGUAGCUCGCAUACAGGGACAUGCUGAAUUGCUGGGAUCUCACCCCAUCCAAUCGACCGUCGUUUGGUGAUCUUUCCGCAGUAUUUGCGCAUUACUUCAAGGAGUGUUCCCCAGUUGACGUGGUAAUCAGGAGAGACAACCAAGGAGAGAUCCAGGUCAUCAGGGCCGGGUCGUCUCCCGCACCCACUCGCGUGGCUGUGUGUGACGACUACGAGAUUAUCCCCGGCAGCAUAGAGGAUAUCAACGACCUCAACAACAACAACAACACAUCCAGUGACACGCACGACAUGAGUGACUUGCAGAGUCUACCUUCGUUCCAGCUGAAUAUGUUGCCUAGAGCUACAGAUGGUUUCAAGGGUAAUAGCCAGGCUCUCGCGAUACCAGGCUUGCGUGUGGUAGACACCUCCAGUGCUGUGAAUUCACCCUCUAUGGGCACUUUGAGGACGCACAAACUCACAGACCUUACCGGCGAUGGAGCAGCCGAUGACAGGCCCUACCGAAGCCUCGAUGAUGUGCUUGUGCACAUAGCUGACAAGAGUAGUCGAGAUCAUAUACUGAGUCAUAUCACCGACCGAGAUCUCGAGGCAGACGAUGAGAGUGACGAUCCCAUGAUGUGUGACGAGCGCUCGGGAUCUGCGGACACUCGUGGGUAUGCAAGUGGUACCGCACUUUCCCAGGAUGAGGGUAUGGGCAAAAUCACGCAGACGAUGUCGAACGGAAAAGGCACGCAUGGGGAUGAUAGUUAUGCCUCGCAUGUUGAGGCAGGCAACCGAGACAGCGGGAUCAGUGCGCAGCAAGGCUGUUGAGACUCUCUGCUGUAGCGUGGUGGUGGUACAAACAUCCAUACCCAAAUCCACGCCAACAGACAAACAUUCAUAUAUAUAUAUAUAUAUAUAUAUACAUAGACAGACUGCUAGGGUCUGUGGCACUAUCAAUCCGAGUAGGAACACCCAAUAGUACCAACACGAAGCAAUUUGAAGGACGUAUAUAGAAGUUUAGAUUAUUGACGGCAAGUGGUAUGCGCCAAACGAGAGGUUUAGUCACAGAAUUAUAAGCAUGCAUCGCUCUGCCGUAGUACCUGUCACCGGUGUGAUGCAGCCGGUGGUGUGGUGCAGAAUUAAAAUAUUAGAAUGCGCACAAUUGUCAUAGAAUGAUGUGCGGGACGGAA